AUGGCCACUGGUCCUCCAGCGUCACCAUCUGAGAAACAGUGUCCUCAGCUUAGCACCACUGUGGCCUCACCUGAGGUGCUGGUGGUGGAUGGGGAGGUACCAGGACUGUCAGAACCCAGGGUGGAGACCAGCCCCCGACCUCCAUCCACAAGCGUGAAGAGGAAGAGGGACGCUGAGGAUGACCUGGAGGAGCUGGUGAUCCCUGAGCCCCAGCCGGUGUGGGUGGUGGAGACGCUGUGCUGGCUCAAGAAGAAGAUGAAGAGGCAGUGCGUGUUCACAGUGCUCCCCGAGUACCAUGACCUCUUCACCAGGCUGCUGGAGAAUCCGAUGGUGAAAAGAUUUCUGGAUUGGGACAAGACCCUGAGGGUGUCUGACAAGUACCUCAUGUCUAUGGUCAUAGCUUAUUUCAGCCGUGCUGGCUUCUUCUGUUGGCAAUACAAGCCAAUCCAUUUCUUCGUGUCUCCACAGGGAGAUAAAUAA